AUGGUGGAAGCAGAUAAACCUGAGAAACUGUUCGUAGGCGGUCUCAACCAAGAUACCAAUGAAAAGACACUUGAAGUAGUAUUUGGGAAACACGGUCCUAUAGUGGAAGUUCUUUUAAUGAAGGAUCGGGAAACAAACAAGUCCAGAGGCUUUGCUUUUAUUACUUUUGAGAGCCCUGCAAAUGCUAAGGAUGCUGCCAAAGACAUGAAUGGAAAGUCUUUGGAUGGAAAAGCUAUUAAAGUAGAGCAGGCGAACAAACCAUCUUUUCAGAGUGGUGGUAGGCGGAAGCUGCCACCUCCUCCAAGAAGCAGGGGACUUCUAAGAAGUGUGAGAUGUGGAAGAGGAGGAAGUGGAGGAGCAAGAGGGCAUUCUUCACGUGGAGGACAGUUGGUUGAUAGUGGGUAUACUCUUAACCCCAACAUGAGUUCUUCCAGAGGACCUUUUCCAAUUAAAAGAGGCCCAUCUUCAAGAAGUGGAGGUCCUCCUCCUAAAAGAUCUGCUCCUUCUGGUCCAGCACAAAGGAGUAGUGAGAUGGGAGGACGAGGUUCAGUGUCUCGUGCAAGAGACUAUUAUAGAGGUCCUGCACGUAGAGAACCCCUGUCAUCCCAGAGAGAUGACUGCAUGUCAGCAAGAGAUGAUGGCUACAAUCCUAAAGAUAGCUUUUCAAGCAGAGAUUAUCCAAGUGCCCGAGACAUCAGAGCUUAUGCUCCGCCUAGGGACUAUGCAUACCGUGAUUGUGGCCAUUCUGGUUCUCAGGAUGAUCAUUCUUCAAGAGGAUACAGUGAUCGUGAUGGUUGUGGGGGUCAUGAUAGAGAUUAUUCUGAUCAUCCCAGUGGAAGUUCCUACAGAGAUUCAUAUGGGAGCUAUGGUAGCUCCCGUGCUGCCCCACCUACUCGAGGGCCUGCUCUGACUUAUGGUGGAAGCAGUCGCUAUACUGAUUAUAACAGUAACAAAGGACAGGAUGGAUACGGCAGAAGUAGAGAAAGUUACUCAAGCAGUUGGAGUGAUAUUUAUUCAAGUGUUCGUGAGCGUGGUGGCAGACAAGAACGAGGCCUUCUACCUUCUGUAGAUAGGGUAUACCCUGCUCCUCGUGAAUCAUGGUAG